AUGUCACUUUCAUGCUCAGACUGCUUAUCCGACCUACUCUGCGGCGAGGACUCCUCCGAAAUCCUGUCCGGAGAGUCGCCGGAAUGCUCGUCCGACAUAGAAUCUCCGGCGUGUAGCGAGGAAUCCAUCGCCGGAUUCAUCGAAGACGAACGCAAGUUCGUCCCCGGGGUUGAUUACCUGGCUAGAUUUCAGUCUCACUCCCUCGACAUCUCCGCUAGAACCGAUUCCGUUGCAUGGAUUCUCAAGGUCCAAACCUACUAUGGAUUUCAUCCACUAACGGCGUAUCUAUCCGUCAACUACUUGGAUCGGUUCUUAUGUUCCCGCCGGUUGCCGCAAGCAAAUGGGUGGCCAAUGCAACUUUUAAGUGUUGCAUGCUUGUCGUUAGCUGCAAAGAUGGAGGAACCUCUCGUUCCUUCGUUGUUGGAUCUGCAGGUUGAAGGUGCGAAGUUUAUUUUCGAACCCAGAACAAUUCGCAGAAUGGAGCUUCUAGUGCUAAGUGUAUUGGAUUGGAGGCUACGAUCUGUGACACCAUUCUGCUUCAUCGCUUUCUUUGCGUUCAAGCUCGACUCAACUGGAACCUUCGUUGGCUUUCUCAUUCAACGGGCUACAGAAAUCAUUUUAUCGAAUAUCCAAGAGGCUAGCUUUCUUGAAUACUGGCCAUCCUGCAUUGCUGCUGCAGCAAUACUUUCUGCGGCCAAUGAAAUCCCGAAUCUGUCCCUAGAAAAUCCGGAGCUUGCUGAAUCAUGGUGUGAUGGACUGAGCAAAGAUAAAAUAAUCGGCUGCUACCGAUUAAUGCAAGAUCUGGUGCUGCAGAAUGAUCGAAAAAUGAAGUCGCCUACUAUUGUGUUACCACAGCUUCGAGUUACAGUUCGAGCCAGAAUGAUGAGGUCACUAUCAUCGUCCUCCUCGUCAUCACCAUUAUCAUCGUCUUAUAAGAAGCGGAAAAUAAACAAGUGCUUGUGGGUAGAUGAUGACAAAGGAAGCUCCGAGUGA